AAGUGACAGAGGAACGCAUGCCAUGUGUGUCUUUCCAGAGGAUGAAGGCUGCAGUCUAAAACAGACCUACCUCUGGCUUCCUGGUGAAUGAACAUACCUCCUCUGGAGACCUGAAGUCUUGACCCUGCCUCUCCCUUCACUCUGCCUCACACCUGAAUUCAAGAGACAUGUGGAGACUUGUGCACUUGCCGCUCAAAACAGUUAACCCCAAAAGACAGAAAGGAGAUUUCCUCAGGAGUACUGUGCCAGCUGGGCAAAACCCCACACUAGCUCAUCCUAGCUGAUGAGAGCGAUGCCAGUGGAUGGCGGCUCUCAGGAUCUGCCAAGUAGGAAGCAGUGGAGCCGCAGCAGACUGCAGCAGUCUUUGGAGACAGACAUGCUGGACUCUGAUCAUACAGAUGAGGGGCUGACAUGGACCCAAAUCCGAGAGCAGCCCUGGAGCGCCAACAGCUGCGGCUCCGGGAGAGGCAGAAAUUCUUUGAGGACAUUUUACAGCCAGAGACAGAGUUUGUCUUCCCCCUGUCCCAUCUGCACCUUGAGUCACAAAGACCCCCCAUAGGUAGCAUCUCAUCUAUGGAAGUGAAUGUGGACACACUGGAGCAAGUGGAGUUUAUUGAUCUUGCGGAUCAGGAUGGAGCAGAUGUGUUCUUGCCUUGUGAGGAGUCCCCGCCAGCUCCCCAGAUGUCUGGAGUGGAUGACCAUCCAGAGGAGCUGAGCCUGCUGGUACCCACGUCUGACAGGACCACAUCCCGGACCUCCUCCUUGUCCUCUGACUCCUCCAACCUGCGCAGUCCAAAUCCAAGUGAUGGAGGAGGAGACACUCCCUUGGCACAGUCUGAUGAGGAGGACGGGGAUGACGGAGGGGCAGAGCCUGGACCCUGCAGCUAGCAGUGGGCCUCGUACAGACUGAGCAGUCCGGCUGUUCUCCAUGGAGAGGAGACCUAGGCCCCGCAGAGCCUGGAGAAGCCCUGACACUUUCCUUACCUCAGCACCAAAGGGAGGGAAGGAUGGUGGACGGUGUGCCUGCGAGUUAGCCUCCCCUGCUUUACCGCUAACGCUAUACUGCUGCCACGCCCCCACAGUGCUUUUCUUCUGAGGUAGGACUUCCACGUGAGACUCUAGAGGUGAGGUGGGACAAGAUGCAACUGCUUCCUUAGUCCCCUCCUGCCCCCAGAUGAUCCUGUUGUCUUCCACAGAGUCUCCUAAGCCAGUGUCUCUGAGGGGAAGUUCUUAGGAGUUCCACUUUCCAGUUAUCCUGCCUCUAUAAGUUCUUUUGGGAACAGGAUAUGGUAUAAAUAAUAAAUAAUAAUAUACCACU